AUGGUUGCAAAAUAUUUUUUUGUGUUGUGCUUACUAGUUUGUAUUGUAGAAGCACAAGCUCAAUAUGUUGUUUUCAACGUGAUGAAUUAUGGUGCAAAAUCCGAUGGCCAAACAGACAAUAGUGGGGCAUUUUUGAAAGCAUGGUAUGAUGCAUGCAAAUGGAAUGGAAAAUCAACUAUGUUUAUUCCAGAAGGAACAUAUAUGCUAAAUGAAGUUAUAUUUAGUGGUCCAUGCCGUGGUACAACAAACUUUAAAUUGAAAGGAUUAUUAAAAGCACCAAUUGAUCCAUAUUCAAUAAAAAAGGAUUGGAUAAAUUUUAGAUAUGUUGACAACUUGAUUGUUGGUGGUGGUGGUGGUGUAUUGGAUGGUCAAGGAUCUUAUGCUUGGAAAACUAAUGAUUGUCGAACAAAUCCAAAUUGUCGCCCUCUUCCUACGACAAUGUCAUUUGACUUCAUCACAAAUGGUUAUAUCCAUCGCAUGCGAUCUGUUAACAGCAAACAAGGGCAUUUUGUGAUGUAUGGAUGUCAGAACAUGAUACUCACAAAACUAAAAAUAAUAGCUCCUUCCGAUAGUCCCAAUACAGAUGGUAUAAAAAUGGCGAAGUCACAUGGUAUAAAUAUUACAAAUGUGAACAUUGGUACCGGAGACGAUUGCAUUGCUAUCCUCUCGGGUACUAGACAUCUUCGAAUUUCUGAUGUUUUUUGUGGUCCUGGUCAUGGUAUUAGUAUUGGAAGUCUUGGUAAGUAUGAAGGGGAGGAAAAUCUCUCUGACAUACAUGUUAAGAAUUGUACCAUUAGUGGUGCUAGUAAUGGUGUUAGGAUUAAAACAUGGGCUUCUCAAUUGAAGAAUUCUUUGGUGGCUUCUGAUAUUGUCUUUGAAGAUAUUAUCAUGAAUAAUGUGCAAAAUCCAAUUAUCAUUGAUCAACGAUAUUGUCCAGUUGCUCCAUGCACCUAUAAGGGGGCUUCAAAUGUACAAAUAAGCAAUGUGUCAUACAAAUACAUUCGAGGAAGUGGAAAUGGAGAAGUUGCAGUGAGUAUCAAUUGCAGUGAAAAGAAACCAUGCCAAAACAUUAAACUAGAUAAUAUUAAUUUGUGGCCUUCUGGUGGUAAAGGAACACUAAGAAAUGAAUGUUCCUUUGUUAAUGGUGCUUCUUAUGGCCCACAGAAUCCUCCUUCUUGCAUAUAG